GUAGUCUUGAUUAUCCCGACCUGUCAAUCAGAUGUAGAAUGGUCGAUAGACUGGUUAAGCGAGACUAAUUUCAAAACAAGCGCACGUAACCUAUCUUUUACUCAAAAGUGUCUGGAUGUUAUGGACGACUCUUGGAACCAGUUUUCAGUCUAUUUUUUAUACAUGAUUAAUGGUCAUAGCUUAUUAAGUACAACAUGAUCGUUUAUUUAGUGACUAUAAUUGUGUGAAACUGAUUUGAGGCUUGGCAUAUAUAUAAAUAUUGUGGCGUAAUUGUCGAGAUAUAUGGAGAUAUUUAUUUACGGUGGGUCACCCUAUUAAUGGGUACAAUUAUGAGUAUGAAAAGUUGCAACAAUUUACAAAGUGCCAACUAUCUAGCAUGCUGUGAUCCAAAAAAAAUCUUGAUUUGAAAUUAAAUGGACAUUAUUUAAGACAAUGAUUAACUAUUUUUAAAACAACGACAUGUCAAACUACUGAUUUUUUCCAUCUUCCCCCAAUCCCAGUAGUGGAUGGUUUUUUUCCUAAGGAUUUCCUUUCAUUACAAAAAAGUAAUAAACUCCCUUAAUUGCAGCUAAUCAGUCACCUUUGUCUAUUAAGUAGCAGGCCUUUGAUGUGUGAUACUGAAGAUUAUGUUUCUGUCCUGGAAAUCUGGAAUAUUUAGGCAUAGGCCUGCUCGAUUUGAUGGUCACUUGACUUUAUAUUAAAUGUGGGGGGUUGGAUGGCUGAGUGGUUAGCGCAUGCGCGUAUAUCAUUAGCUGGCUUGGUUUCAUCGAUUCCCCGGUUGUACGUGAUGAGGAGUAAGGUUCAGCUGUCCAACCUCGUGGGUCCUCUGGUUUCCUCCCACUGCUAAAGACCCCUGCCAUAUUCACAUACCUGAAGGUGAGAAAGAUGAAAAUGAGAUAUAUCCUAAACACAGCACACCCAUCAAGAGUGAUACGCGACAGAAACCAAGUGAAAAGAACAAGAGAACUGAUAUCCGGAAACAGUUGUAUGAUAAAACACACACUGGAGUUGUCUCCCCUCAUUCAAAGUCAAAGCAUUCUCCAACGUCGAGUCCUAAACAUAAUACUAGUCAUAACUCGACACAAAGAACAAAUUCUCUAGAAUUAUCAACAAUACAAAACCAACGUCAUGAAAUACAGAUGCUGGUGGCAGAGUUACGGGAACGGGAUAAAGAACUUAACGAGAUGGUGACAGCUCAUCAAAAACAACUGUUGUCAUGGGAACAAGACAGACAAAGGUUGCUAAUGUUAGAACAAAAAUGUCGUCAUUAUAAAGGUGAGUUGAUGAAUCGUACGAAACAGUUGGAAAGAGCAACCACACGAUUAGAAGGACUAGAAGGCCAGUGUACCUCACAGUUAGAGAGUAAUAAAGAAAAGAUAACUCUGUUAUGUGAGGAAAAGAAAUUAAAAAAUAAUCUAGUUUUAAGUUUGGAGGAUAGAAAUAGAAGUUUAAACGAUUCGUUAAAAGAUGUAUCGUGUACAGUAGGUCAGAUGGCAGCACGAGAACAAGAACUAGUCACAUUACUUAAACUCAAAGGGCGCGAGUUGAUAGAUCUUGGAGAAUUAAAUAAAGAGUUGUCUUCCCGCUAUCAGCAACUAGAGGCUCAUAACUCAGAUUGUCUUAAACGUGAACGUGAUGCCUUCCACCAAUCAAAAUACUGGCAGGAAAAAUACAACCAAUCAUUACAAGAUAUAGAGAAGUUAACAGUUGAUGUUCAAGAAAGAGAUGAUGUUUUAACUCAACAGAUAGCACAAAUAAGCGAGGCUCAACACCAUAUGAUAGCUUUACAAGAAGCCCUCAUAGUUAGCAAUGACCGCGAGAAAUGUAAAGAUGAACUUUUGACCUCAUUAAAAACAAAACAAGAGAGAUCCAUGUCAGAAUUACGCAGUGUUCGAGAGUUAUUUGAACGACAACAGAGAGAGUUAACACUGUUACAACUAAACCACAAUUUUUCAGCAGUUGAACAACCCAGUAUGUUGGAUAUCAGCGUCGAUGAUCCAAACAUACCAGUGUCUGACCAAUCAGUGUCAAAUGUCUUAACCUCAUCGCAACAUGAAACUCAGUUCAUCAAAAUAUCAUUUGAGGAUAGAUUGUCACGAUUUUUAGACAUGGAUCGUCACAGUCCUCCCACUAAGGGAAAUAACUGUGAAGAAAAGGAUCUAGAAGAGGUCAAUCUCGAUGAGUCUAUUGAAAUUUAUCAGGAAGCUGUUAACAAGAGGAUUGAUUCUUCACCUGGUAGUAAAUUACAGAGACUUUUAACAGAAUCAAAGAAUAUGAUAGAAAGUUUAGAACGAUCAACUCAACCUGUCGGAACACACUCACCUACUUUACAUACAAGGGGACACUAUCGUAACCAAUCAAAUAAUAGUAAUGAAAUUACAGAAAGUAUGCAUGAUUUACAAGUCAACGAAAAAACACCAGAUAAAGAUCAAAAUCAUCCACAGCAUAAAUCAACUUAAUUAUUUGUUUCGUAAUCAGCUGUCUUAUUUCUGUUCAUUUAUUUUUAAUGGAUGAGAUGAUCGUCAAAAUAAAAUGUGAUAUUUAUUUUAUUUAUGUUACUCAGCAUGAAAUUAUAAUAUUUACUUCCUUAGUUUUCUUUAUUUCUGGAGGGUUGGAUGGCCGAAUGGGUAGCGUGUGCGCGCCGAGUCAACUGGCGAGGUUUCAAUUCCCCCUCGUUGGUUUUCUCCAGUUAUUGAAAUAACAUUAAACCAUAAUGUUAGUCCCGAAAUGACCUGGUUUGUGUCUAGUGAACUUUAAACCCCAUCUCUCUCUCUCUCUCUCUCUUUCCUUCAAAACAAAAAGAAAAGGAAAAUUAUUGAGUCUGUUCAUAGAAGCAAUAUCUUCAACGUGAUACUGUAUUGCAUUAACUUACCUUGAACAAACUCAAUUGAUUAUAACAUGUCAGAUUAUACAGCAUAUUUUAUUUUCAUGAUAUACAGGUACAGGUACAAUACAAUAUACAGGUACAAUACAAUAUACAGGUACAAUACAAUAUACAGGUACAAUACAAUAUAUAGGUACAUGUACAAUAUACAGGUACAGUACAAUAUAUAGGUACAGGUACAAUAUACAGGUACCGUACAAUGCUGAUUUCAUUAUGUUCAGAUUACUGUCCUUGUCUGAAUUAUUUAUUAUAUUAACAUAUUUUAAUAUGAAUUGUCAUAAUAAAUUUGUUACAUUAUUUCUUAAA